UAUCAUGUGUGUUUCCUCAGUACUUGAGCAAGGGCGCACCACACCCGCCGACUGCGAACUGCUCCUGGCGAACUAUAUCCCAUCCGAGUUCACUCAUGCUGACCAGGAACCCGUCGAGAUGUUUAUUGCCACAGCAACGGUGUGGCUCUAUCGCUGUGACAUGCGAGCUGCGUCUCGAGAGAUUUUGGUCGACGUACUGGAGAGGAUGGUCAGGGCGGCGGACAUCUUGUCUGUCGAAUCUGCCGCACCGGCUGAUACCGCGGCAGGCAUCUCGCAGGGCGGCAACCGCGUUGAGGUCCGAGCUGGCCAUGAGCAGUGGAUCCAGCAACUGUAUUUCAAGGAUGCGACGCUGAUGGAGCAGUAUGGCGCACUCUUCAGGCGACUCCUGCAUGCGCUUGAGAAGGCAUACAAGCUGGACAAGCUCCGCGGCUACCAGGAUGGGAUCCGGUAUCAUCUGCACCACGCACUCGAGACAUCACACAACGAGUACGGGUCCACGUGCGAGGUUGACGGCUGCCCCUGGAUCGGGCAUGUCAAGAGCUCGGAUGACGAAGGCUACUGGUAUGACAAGUGCGACCUGCUCUCGAAAAGUAUCAGGCCUGCCUCCGCCGCGGACGCGCACACCGAGGAAUAGCUGGCCGAACUGCAGCCGUCAUCAUCGUCCGGACCGCAGCCAUUACCGUCGUCCGAAUCAGCCAUUUCAUCCGACCCGCCCAAAGGGCCCGCCCACGCCGAACCACAUUGCACGACGUCACACGACGCGCCUCCAGCGUCAGCAAUCCGAAGCGCGCCCGAUCGUCUGAGCUCGCGGUCUUCGUCGUCGGCCACUGAACGCCAGCCGCGACGUCAUGCGAUGGGAAGGGUAAGAGUAGCAAUGCCGAUGGAUGAGCUAGUGAGACCAAAGGCAGCGCGGGUAGAACAGGGACGACAGAGGUCCUGCGAGGCUGCAGAACGUCACGUUCUGAGCUCACGUUCGCUUAUGUUUAGGGCUCGGCAAAUACCAGUAUUACCUGAGAAGCUAGUAAUUACUGAUUAAUAAUCAUUACCACUAGUUCAGAUGCUGUAUUGCAAUAUACUCGCACUGUACUGUAUUGUACUUCGUAUUUACUGGUAUUUACUGGCAAUUAUUGCAUGUACCACCGGGGUUACUGCCAUACAAGAAGUGUACAUCAUUUCCGGGCCCCCGCUGCAAUUGCACUUGCCUGAGAAUAGUCCACGAG